AUGUUCCCGGGAGUUUUCUAUGCACUGCUGGCGGGUUUCCUCGGGGCCGUGGCGUCAUCGUCUGCCAAACUGUCCCUCGGAGCCGACUACCUGAAGGGAGUCUGUGAAACCGGACUCCGGACGUGGGGAGAGCAGCGGAAAUUCAGACAGGCGGACGAAACUACCGCCUGCGACAGGCUUCAUAUCCCUCUAAGGCUGCUGUGUGGCGGGCUGCUUUUCACCUGCAAUGCUGUGAUGUGGACCUUCCUUGCCAAAGCGCUCAGGUACUCCUCUUCCUCCACCCAAACCACUGUGACCACCACGGCCUCCAACUUCAUAUCUUCCGCUUUUCUGGGCCAGCUGAUCUUUGGUGAAGCCCAGAUAACAUUGUGGUGGGUCGGGAUCUCCCUGACCUUCUCUGGUCUGUUGGUACUGCAGAGGGUUUCACCGCAGGAUGUGCAACAUGACGCAGGCGCUAAGGACGAAUAA